AUGGCUGGUGAGAACCGCUCACUUGUGACACACUUCUUCUUUGAGCCUUUCUCAAACAUUGUCGAAGUCCAAGCCACCUUUUUCUUCCUAAUACUGCUUAUGUUCAUCGUUGACUUAGGGGGAAACAUCUUGAUCAUUGUGAUCACCCUGGUAGACCCUGUCCUUCACUCCCCCAUGUAUUUCUUCCUCAGAAAUCUGUCCUGUGUGGAAAUCAGUUACACCUCUUCAACAAUUCCCAAAAUGCUAUUGAGUUUCUUCUCCAAAGAAAACAGGAUCUCCUUUCUGGGCUGCGCCAUGCAGCUGAAUUUCUUUACCCUCUUGGGGAUCACAGAGUGUUUUGUGCUAGCUGCCAUGGCAUAUGACCGCUAUGUGGCCAUCUGUCACCCUCUGUACUACAUGACCAUGAUGAGUCGGACAGUUUGCUUCCAGCUUUUAGCUGUGUCCUGGCUCGUGGGUGUGCUGGUCAGUGUGGGGCAGACAACUUCAACAUUCACAUUGCCCUUCUGUGGCCUCAAUAGAGUAAACCACUUCUUUUGUGACCUGCCUCCUCUGCUGAAGCUUGUCUGUGUGAACACUUACAGGAAUGAAAUCAUCACCUAUGCUGUCACUAUCAUCUUCAUUAUGGUGCCCUUCAUGCUCAUCCUCAUGUCCUAUGCCUGUAUUCUGCAAACCAUCCUCAAGAUACCAUCAGCUGACAGUAGGAGAAAAACCUUCUCCACCUGCUCCUCCCACCUCAUCGUAGUCACUCUGUUUUAUGGAUCUGGCAUUGUGACUUACCUAAGGCCCAAAUCCUUCUACUCACUCAGCUCUGACAAACUGCUUUCCCUAUUCUAUACACUUGUGUCUCCAAUGCUGAACCCUUUGAUCUACAGUUUGAGGAAUAAGGAAGUAAAGCAAGCAUUGAAAAGGCUGUUAAGCAAAAAAAUAUUUCUUUGA